AUGACAGAAUCCCCAACGAUGUUAAUGGGCGACUUUAGCAAGCUAUACGACCGCGAAGACGAGCAACAACAAUUGUUGGAUCGUUUCACGGCGAUUGUAUCGGGAGAAGCCCUUCAAAACGAGCUCGUGUUGAUUACGGGAAACAGUGGCAAUGGCAAGACUGUUCUGGCGCGGAGUCUCCGCAGCCCCGUCCAAGCCCGCAACGGCUACUUUUUGUGGGGCAAAUUCGAUCAAUUGUCGUCCCUGCAACGACAGCAAGAGCAAGACGAAAUGAGUAAACCGCCACCCAUGGAAAGCUUUGGAGCGUUUGUACAGGCAUUUACCGAGUAUGCGCGAUGUGUCAUGGAGAAGGUACCUCACGAACAACGACAGGAAAUGGCACAGGCUGUGACAGCCGCCGUGGGAGACGAAGGACAACAACUCUUGACCCACAUGAUCCCGGCAUUGCAAGACGUGCUGGCGUCCAACCACAACAAUCAUCAUCAUCAUCAUCAUCAUCGCGACAAUGACAACACUAGCAGUAUGCCGCCAGGAUUGGAAGUUCAGAAACGAUUCCAAUUUGUCUUUUCCGCCUUUUUGGGUGUCAUUUGUUCCACCGAUCAUCCCGUGGUGUUAUUUCUCGACGACCUGCAAUGGGCCAACAAGGAAUGCGUCGAUUUGUUGGCAUCGAUACUCACCCAUCCCGACGUGGAAGGACUCGUGGUACUGGGCGCGUGUCGAGGAAAUGAAGUUGGCGUGCAAGAUGAUUUGUCCAUUAUGUUACGGAGAUUGGAAGACAGUUACGAACUCGACAUUACCGAAAUCCGAGUGGGACCCUUGACAUUGGAUGCCAUGCAAACGCUCCUUUUGGAUAUUUUUCAACUUGCCUCAAUAUCAGAGUGUGAAGCACUGGCCAAAGUGGUACACGAUCACACCCAAGGCAAUCCGUUCUUUACCAUUCAAUUUCUACGGUCUCUCUCGGAAAAUGGAUUGCUCCACCGCACCGUCGAGGGUGUCGUCACGGUCGACUAUGCCGCGCUCAAUUCCUUUUUUGCAUCCACCGGAAAAGAUAUUGUCGGACUCCUCUGUUCCAAAAUACAAAAACUUCCGACGCCACUACGGGAAGUCUUGUUUGUUGCGGCGUGCUUUGGAGCCACCUUUGACAAGGCCAUUAUGGAUCGGAUUAUUAUUACUGACACUGGACAAGAAGGACAACAACCAAAUGAUUGUUCGCCGUACGUCGAAUCCUUGCAACAAAAGUGUUUUCUCGUACCGGCAACGGAUGGACGCCACUACGCCUUUGUGCACGACAGAGUACAACAAGCUGUCUACUCCAUGAUUGACGACAAACCCGCCUUUCACUUGUUCCUCUGUCGACGGCUCUGGAACUCGUACGAAACAUCGCAAGAACUACUCGACAAUUCACCUCUGAUUGUCCAUCAAUUGCAAUUGGGAGGCAUGCAUCUCAUUACCGACCAGGAAGAACGAGUCAGUGCGGCACGACUCUGUUUGCACGCGGGCAAAUUGGUCCUGCGGGCAUCGUCGUUUCGAACCGCCGCGUCUUACUUUGAAUCGGGAAUUGAAUUGUUGGGAGGACGGCUCUGGAGUGACUGUUAUUCCUUGGCAUUGCCACUCUACACGCAUGCGGCUGAAGUGGAGUAUGCCAUUGGCAACCCGCAAGCCAGCAAAGAGUUGGUGGAUCAAAUCCUAGCGAAUGCCACCUGUAUGCAAGACAAGAUUCAGGCAUACUCGACGCGCAUCUAUUCGUUGGGAUCCAUGCAUCGCUUACAAGAUGCCAUUGAUGUCUCUUUGGGGGUGCUGGAGGAGCUCCAUGAACCACUGCCGAGAAAUGGUGGGUUGAUGCAUGUGGUUGGAGAGUUUGUGCGGACUAGCAUGAUGCUCCAAGGAAUGACCAAUGACAAGAUUUUGGAUCUGGAACUCAUGGAUAAUUGGGAAAAGUCCGCUGCCAUGAGCAUCUUGAACGUCGUGUUCAUCUACUUUUUCAUUUCCAAACCACUCUUGGCGCCGCUAUUGGCCAUGCGAAUGGUACAAAUCACAUUACGGCACGGUCUGUCAGCCAUGAGUGGAUUUGGAUUCACGUCGUAUGGACUGAUUCUCUGUUCGCUGGGAAAGAUUGACGAAGGAUGUCGUUUUGCAGACCUUGGAAUCGAAUUGAACCAGUUGAUUGGGGGGCAAGCAUGGGCCGCUCGAGUCUUGCUCAUGUCGCAUCUCUUUAGCUAUCCUUCCAAGUAUCCAGUGCGACUGUCCAUUGAUCCAUUACUCAGCUCGUUUCGCUAUGGCAUGACGACGGGUGAUACAGAGUUUGCCAUGUACGGUGCCCAAUUCUCAUGCCAUUGCGCCAUGUACUCAUCUCAACCUCUGGGCCGGGUAUUCCGCGACAUGAAAGUCUACAGGGAGACAUUUGUGGCAUAUAAGCAGCAUCUAGUCCUUGCCUAUCACGAGGUGCUGAUGCAACUAGUGGCAAAUCUAUUGGGAGAAGAAUCGAGGAAUCCUUCCAUUCUGGACGGGGAAUUCAUCAACUUUGAAAAAACGCUUCGUUUCGCCAAAGCCGAAGGUCAUCAGUCACUGCAGUAUGAACUUUACGGGCUGAAUCUGGUGGCGGCGUUUCUCUAUCAGGACUGGGAGAGGUGCAGGCUCAUGAGCAAGGGAUUGAGAAAACUGGACGAAAAAGUGGUCAUGGUGAUGGCCGUGCGGUUGGGAACAUUCGUCGAUGCCAUGGCAAACCUGUCACGGGCGGAGCGUUGCAAAGGUUUUCGGCAGCGACAAAAGUUGCUCAAUAGAGCGCGAUGGACUCUGAUGCGGUUCCAAAGGCAGGCCGUGGUUUCGCCUGAAAACUGCCUCAAGAAUGCAGUUAUCUUGGAGGCCGAAUUCGACGUUGUAAAUGGAAAGCUUGAUUCUGGUCUGCGGAAGUACCAGCGUGCUAUGGAGUUGGCGGAGAAAGAGGGUGCCCUAAUGGAGCAGAGCAUCGCGGCUGAACGUGCCGCCAUGGCGUUACGAAAACGUGGACGGGACAAGGAAGCCCAACCAUUCAUAGAAAGUGCUCUCUCGUCUUACACCAAGUGGGGUGCCAAGAUCAAGGCGAAUGAGAUGAACACCCUGCUUGGUACUGUACAAGACAAGACGAGCACGGCGACAGGCACGGAGACUGCAACUAGUAUACAGGCAAAUCCUUGCUACGUUGACUCCACCGUGAAGCAACGUUUCUAG